GAAUGCAUUAUUAUUUACCAGUAGCCGCAAAAGCCUGAAGGCUGCAUUCAUAACCUUAUACCGUACAGCCCUAUUUGAGUCUGUCUUCUGUUUUCUAAUGAGAAACGGGUGCCAAAUGAGUUCAUGGGCAUUUGUGAGCUCAGCACAAAGAGUGGCUUCACAAACCUGCAUUGACUCCACUGCCACAGUCAGUCUGCUAGUAAUGCGUGUGAAGGCUGAAUGAGAGAGAAGAGAGUGAAAAAGAGCUCGACAACCACCACAUGUUCAGCUUUUUGGUUUUAGGACUUUGCUGCUUGGAGGUGAGAUGGCAAGCAACUUUCUCAUCAAACUCACUCAAAUCAAUCAUAUUAAUUUAAUCCAAAAUUCAUCUAUACACACAAUCUAAGAUUCAUUAUAUCAAGUACCUUUACAUGAUUUGUUUGCAACAAACAACUCUUGGUAUUUUGAAUUUAAACUCGUUUAUUUUUUAAAUACGGUUGACAAUGGCAUCCCUCACUGAAGAAAAGCAGAAAGAGUGUGAGCUGACCUCAGCUCACCUGUCAUCCGGAGAAAAUGGCCAACAGUUUAUACCAGAGACCAGAAGACCCGACCGAACGUCAAGCUUCAGCAGUAAGGAAUUUUCAGAGUCGGAUCCCUUAUUUCACAAUGAGUUUUACGGGACAGCAUUGGCCUCUGGCAUCAUAUCAGAAAUUGAUGGCCAGGCGAUGCCAAGCGAGUCGGUCCGGGCCUUGGGGAUACAGAUUUUGUUUCCAUUCCUCCUAUCUGGUUUUGGGAUGGUUCUGGCAGGGAUGUUGCUGGAUGUAGUGCAGCACUGGGACGUUUUCCGUAAUGUGACUGAGAUCUUCAUCCUUGUCCCACCUCUACUGGGCCUAAAGGGGAACCUGGAGAUGACAAUGGCAUCGAGACUUUCCACUGCUGUGAAUAUUGGCAGAAUUAACUCUUCAAGCGAGAAAUGGAACCUGAUCAUUGGAAAUCUCGCCCUCAAACAGGUACAGGCUACAGUUUUGGGCUUCCUGGCUGCUCUGGUAGCUUCGGCUCUUGGUUGGAUCCUGCAGGAGGAGCUCAUUGUGAAUCAUGUAGCUCUGCUUUGCUGUUGCAGCACUGUGACAGCAUUCACAGCAUCUCUGCUGCAGGGCAUCAUAAUGGUUGGUGUGAUUGUUGGAUCCAAGAAGGUGGGCGUCAACCCUGACAACAUAGCCACGCCCACUGCUGCCAGUUUAGGUGACAUCAUCACACUUGGACUGCUGGCCGUCAUCAGUCAAGGCUUCUUUUACUGCAUGGAGCCAUACCCUUAUAUUACAUACCUGGUGUGUGUUUUUUUCCUGUGCCUGACACCAAUGUGGGUAAUUCUUUCAUUUCGUCAUCCUGAAAGCCAAAAACUGCUCUAUUCCAGCUGGGAGCCAGUAAUAACUGCAAUGUUGAUCAGCAGUCUUGGAGGACUGAUUCUGGACCAUACCAUCACUGAUCCAAAGCUUGAAGGAGUUGUUCUCUACAGUCCCGUUAUAAAUGGUGUUGGUGGUAAUCUGGUUUCCAUCCAGGCUAGUCGUAUAGCCACCUAUCUUCAUUUUCACUGUCCGUUGGGCGAGCUUCCAGGUGACGCUAAAGGAUGUUACUCCCAAUGCUGCAGCUUUUGCACCACAGGACCGAAUGGGAGAUCAGCGCAGGUGCUGCUCACGUUGGCCAUCCCAGGUCACCUGGUUUUCCUCUACACCAUUUACCUAAUACAAGGCAGCCCGGAUCCACCCACUCCAGUCUUCAUUUUCUUCUAUUUAACAGCUGCUUUCACACAGGCAAGUGAAAGAGAUGUUCGCAUAUGUCUUAUUGAGGAGCAUAUUUCUUAUUGAUUUUAUUCUGAAUCCUCAUUCAUUCAGGUGUUUCUUCUGCUGGGCAUUGUUGGUGUGAUGGUUCAUUGCUUGUGGAAGUGCGGCAGGGAUCCCGAUAGCUUCUCCAUCCCGUAUCUAACAGCUCUGGCGGAUCUUUUGGGUACUGGCUUUCUGACACUGUGUUUUCUUCUAAUGUCACUGGUGACAUAAACAUUAAAAUUACAUUGUCGAAUUUACAUUUUAAUUAGGUCUGAUCUAUGACCACUCACUGAUGUGCUGGUCUACUGUUUUAUAUUUGCCAUUUCUCUCCGCAGUUCAGCCAGUUGAAUAUUACUAUAAAUAUCAGCCUCUGCCAGUCAAAUCCCUGUGUGUUAUUAAUUGAGUCGCACAUGCUGCCUCAUGUGACAAUAGCACUUCUCCAAGUCACACAGCUGUCUUCACUGAAUAAAGAACUGCUGUUGUCGGUUUCCAAAUGUUGUUAUGUUAAAUGUGUCUCUGAUUUGCACUUAUCUUCCUGGAUCAGUAUUCUUUCUGUAUAAUACAACAUUUCAGAUUUGGUUCUAAUAAAAAUAUGUUAUUAUGUUUCAGAAAUGUGCAUUCAUUGACAGGAUAUGGUAUGGUCUUAAUUACCAAAUAUUUGCAUUGGGCAGCCUUAUACAAUUUAACUAUGCAUGUGGAUUUUAUUUUUUACUUGAUU